AUGCACGCAGUAAACCAUCGCCGACUAAAGCCCAGACAGAUUCAGUUAUUUGCCAUUGCCGGAUCCAUCGGAAACACUCUCUUCGUGGCUAUUGGCAACGGUGUUCUUUCCGGGCCUCUCUGCCUUUUACUUGCCUUUAUCUUCUGGGCCAGCGUCAUCUGGUCUAUUGCCCAAUGCCAGACCGAGAUAAUCACCCUGUUCCCUGUAGAUGGGGCUCCCCUUCGUCUAGCUGGCCGCAUGGUUGAUCCCGCUCUCGGUGUAGCCGCCGGCUGGAAUUACUUUUUCAUAAUGACAUCCUACGUCGUCUUCGAAGCCACCGUUAUCAACACAGUCGUCGAGUACUGGGGCUAUGACAAAUCCCCCGCCAUCCUCAUAUCUGUCUCGUUAUUCUUCUUCUUCGCCAUCAACGUCUACCGGGCAGAUCUCUUCGGAGAAGUUGAGUUCUGGAUAGCUUUGGGCAAAGUCAUGCUUGUUAUCGGCCUCAUGUUCUACACCUUGGUUACCAUGCUGGGAGGGAAUCCCUUGCACGAUCGCUUUGGCUUCCGGUACUGGAAAGACCCUGGCGUAUGGGCCGGGGCCACCCCAACCACACGGCUGCAGUCCUUUGUCAACGCUGUCAACGUCGCUGGCUAUUGCAUGGGAGGGCCCGAGUAUAUUUCAAUGAUUGCUGGCGAGUCCAAAGAUCCUCGGCGAACCAUGCCGCGAGCCUUCAACACCAUCGUCACGCGGCUUGUUGUCUUCUUCAUUGGCGGCGCCCUCUGUGUCGGUAUCCUCGUCCCGUACAACGAUGAAACUCUAACUGGCGGCUCUGCUAAAACAUACACCGGCGCAUCCCCGUACGUCAUCUCCAUGGAACGCCUGCAGAUUCCGGUCCUGCCAUCGAUCCUUACUGCCGCUCUCAUCACGUCCAUGAUAUCGGCCGGCAAUUGUUUCACAUUCAGCGCCUCGCGAAGCUUGCAUGCUCUGGCUCUGGAGGGGCAGGCACCAAAGUUCCUGCGUCGGUUGAAUAAGAAUGGCGUCCCCUACAUGGCCGUCAUUGUCGUCAUGCUCCUAUCUUGCCUGGCCUAUCUGGCUCUGGGCUCCAGUAGUGCCCAGGUACUCAAUUGGAUUCUGAACUUUGGCACUGCUGGCGCCAUGUUCAACUGGUGCAUCAUGGCCAUGACAUGGAUUCGCUUCGACGCUGCCAUCAAGGCGCAGGGCCUCGACAGGAAGACGCUUCUCCCCUCCAUAUCGCGGUUCCAGCCCUUUGCAGGCUACUGGGCUUUCUUCUGGGCUUUCCUCUUCCUCUGGCUGCAGGGAUACACCGUAUUUCUAAAGGGCAACUGGAAAGUCUCUACCUUCAUAUUUAACUAUGGCAUCAUUGCUUUUGCCGCCGCUCUUGGUCUCGGCUGGAAGAUCAUCAAACGCACGCCAUUUUACCGCAGCGAGGACGUUGAUCUCCGCGAGGGUGCACCAGUGACGGUCAAGGAUAAGCUCCUUGCCAAGCUUUUCUAA